UCCAGCUUCAUCCAUGUUCCUACAAAGGACAUGAACUCAUCUAGGAUGCAUUUCUAUUCUUUUACUAAUCGCCUUGAAACUUAAAAUAGUUACUCAGUAUUUCUCUUCUAAACAUGCCUGCUUUAUCCCCAUCCAAGCCUGCUGUAACCACAUAUUGAACACCCCCAAACCUUGCUCAAGCUGAUCUUACUAUUUUUGUCUUAAAUUUUAACCACUUUUAAAUGCAUAAAAUUAUGUAUGAUAUGUAAUUAUGAAUUACAAAUAAUUAAAUGGACUUAUUUUUAAAAACAUGAUUGAAGAAAUUCUCUUUUCUCGCAAUCUCUUUUCUAAGACUAAAUGAGGUCCCAGUGCUUGCAUGGCACAUGGUAGGUUCUCAAUAAAUGAAGCACACUUCCCAUACCCCUCCACGUAAACAGUUGUCUCUUUAAACCUAGACACGAGUGCUCAGCAGGCAUGUAUUUUUCUGGGUUGGAUUCAUUUCAUGGACUGUUGUCAAAGACUGACCCCUUUAUGUUAAUUUUCUGAAUACUGUACUUGACUGUGUUGCAAGCUAAACAGUACAGGAUUAAAUGUUCUCAUUUCUGAGCUGUGAAGUGUUGAAACUAAUCAAGUAAUGAAGGCAGAAUGUCUGUCCUGUGGGAGAAUAAUCAGCCAGUCUAUGUUGCUCCCACUCUUGGCUGCCGAUUGGAAUGCAGCUGUUAAGGCAGUUGUUUAACUGUUCGUCCAACUUGAAAGGACACUGCCAAAUGGCAAAUAUUUUCUAUAACAACAUUUUACUUUUGCUAAGAACAUUAACAGUGCAUUUUAUUGCGCUCCAAUGGCAUGCCAAACAUGACAGAUUUAUUACUAUCAGGUUCACAACCUGGACUGAACAUGGAUGCUCAUUUCCAUUUUUAAUAUAUUUAGAAAAAGAAUAAAUAGGCUCCCAAAGGAAGCCUCUAGACAAAACAUCUCUACAGCUUAAUUAUUUGUUGAAAUGACAGCAUAUUAACUUGAGAAAAUGAAAUAUCUCGAAAGGAAAGUUGAGAACCUAGAAAUAUCAAAGGAAAAAAGAAGGUUUAAGUAUUAUAAAUCUCUCUAAUGUGGCCUAAGUGAGACUUAACUCCUACUUGUCCAGGACAGGUGAGGGCAGCAGUAACACAAGGAAAUAUGUCAUCUGGUGAAUCCCCUGCAAUUUAUGGGUCCCAGGACUUCUGAGUCAUGCAGUUAAUCUACAUUGUUAAUGAUAAUGUUGACACUAAGUACUUAACAAACAAUUACGUUGAAUUUGACAGACUGUGAACCAGGUGAGGUGGGGUGGGAGGUUAUCAGCUGUUAUUUAAUGGUAAAACCUGUGUGCUAAAUGUAGGCAGUCAAAAUUAAGAAAACACAUUCAAAUGUAAAAGUACAGCUUUUUAUUAGAAGUCAGCAAUAACUGCCACUCACAGUAGUUAGUGUGUAAUCCCCACAAACAUUUAUCAAGACUGCAGAGGUGAGGGGUUGAGGGGAGGUGCAUUUUCGCUUAUUAAACCCCAACAGCCAAAGCUGAAGCAGAGAUGUUUUUGAAGGUGAACUGGUUAAUCAAAGGCAUGACCCAUGGAGAUUCUGAUCGACUUUUUCUCUACUAUUUACUAGAUGUUAAUUAAAUCACAAAUGACAACAGUCUAAUAGCAAAAUGCAUGCAUUUCUACAGAGUCCACAUGAUUUCUUGGACAAAGGUAGACAAAGUUCCACAUGCUGGGUAAUGGUCACUGAGGGCAUCAAGCUUUGUGAUCCUCUUUUUCAGGGAUACAGAAAAACAGCAAAUGCAAAUCAUGGAUGAAAUUUAUAAGAUCACUUCCACAGAAAGGGUCCAGCUGUUGGAGAAAAAACUGGCUGUGCAACUGACUGAACUGAAGUCUGAGAUAGAAGAGCAGGGAGCUCUUCAGGGAAAAACUAAUCGAGUUUACAGCUCUGUUCAAACGCCAAAGGAUAUUUAUUACUUUAGAAGAGAGAGGGAACUGGCACUGAAGAAAACCUUACAGGUGGCCGAGUCGAAGUCCUUUGUUGUUCAGGCAGACAUCAUGCAGAGGGAGCUAGAGAGCUGCCUAAGAAGGGAGUACACCCCUGAAAAUUUACCUUUGCUUCUGUUGCAGUAUUACACAGAAAGAAUUACCCAGCUGGCCCAGAGUAAAUAUUUACACAUGCUUAGGUGGAAGAGGUUUUGCCAACACAGUAAGAUCAUGGAGCAACUUUAUCCUCUUUACAAGAAACAAGUUGGCCACAUUAUGCAGGAGUACAAUGAUGCCCUUCAGAGAGCUGAAAGAUUGUCUGUUGCUCGAGAAAACUUCCUCAUGGGAAAAAACAAUCCUCCUAACUUAGUGACACAGGAAGAUCUGACUAUUUACACAAAGUGGUUAGUGUGCCACCUGCAGUCUCUCAGGACUGUUCACCAGCACCUGCAGGUAUGUGAAGCACAGUGACGUGAUGAUGUGGCGCCCUUCCAGGGAUGAUCAGUACAUUGUUUUCUCACAUCUGUCACUUAGUUUUAGAUUGUCACUGUUUCAGGACUCCACCUGCCCUACAAAUGACAGAAACAUAAUGGGUCACUGGAUUUCUCUUUGAAACCUUAGACAUUUUUCUCUUUUGUAACUUUAUUCUACUGAAAUAAUUAAUUUAGCUUUCUCAAAGAUGUCUCUGUUGUACUAUUUCCUAUUCACUCUGUAAGUUCUUGUCUUCAUCAUCUUGUUCAGAAUUUAUGCUCUCCGAUUUAGAUCCACUUUUUAAAUAUUAGGUAAUGUUUAAUGAGGGUCUAACAUGUGCCAGGUACUUGUCCUAGGCAUGCAGCAAGGAUACGGCCUUUGCUGAAAAGUAACUGGGUCCUCGGCUGGUAGGAAGUUAGGUAAGUAAAUAUUCAACUGAAAUACAAUGGGGUAACAAAGCACAGGAUAAGUAUAAGUAUAGGGUAAAGAGAGUCACAGAGAGGCCCUAAGUCAGGCUAGAGGCGUCAGAAAGGAGUAACAUGAUCACAUUUCCAUUUUGGAAAGAUUAUUGUUUUUCUACACACAUCUUUCCCUACUUCUCUUUGCCUUAGCUCAGAGACACCAUCAUCUACGGAAUUGCCCAAAUCAGAAACCUGGCUUCAUCCUUUCCCCACACCCAGCCAGCCACUAUGGGCUCUGCCUCUGAUACAUUUCUCACCAGUCACAUGGUGUUAUAACAAUCUGCUUGUAAGUCUGGGUCUUCUAGUAAACCGUGAGCUCUUUGAGGUUGUAUCCUGUCUUAUUCCUCUUUGUAUCCCUAGCACCUCACAAGUGCCUUGUCCAUUUUGGAUCCUUGAUCAAAGUAGACCUGUUUGGAGGUUAAAGCCACUCAGAGUCUGUAACAGUACUAGGUCUCCGAGCUCCUAAUAUAGCCCCUCAUCAUUGGGCAGGUUACUGAGACUCCACCUCUACUUCUGUUCUUCUCUCCCAAAGCAAAGGGCUGCUCCUGAACCUGAGUCUGGAAGCUUCUGUGAGAAUUGUGUUUAUGUUUGGCCUCUUGGUCUUGCCCUUCUGUAGGCCCAUCAGUAUUUGCCCAUCUCCAAAGUGCUAAGUGUAGCUGUCAACCAAGUCACUGAAGUUGGUCAGAAAAAUGAAAAGGUCUGUGUCAAUGACAUUGACCCUGACAUUCAGGGUUCUGUGUCUCCUGACCCUGUGGAUACCAGCAUUUCUGGUAAGAAAUUAGUCUUCUUUCCCCUCGGGUAAUGUGGAGCAAAGAAGAUUGUAAUUUUAGACUUAUGCUGGUUGUCCCAUGAUCUUGCUAAAAAUUGUUCUAUAUACCAAAAGGUUUUAUCUUCUUAAUAGACAAGUCUUAAUUUAAUAUUUUCAGAUGGGAAAAAAUAACAAACACUUUUUAAGACAUGUUUUAAUCUCUGUCUUUAUAAUUAGCAAGUUAAGAGUGAGAGAAAAAAAUGGACUUAAAGUCAGCAGUACUGGGCUCUAGGCUUGUUCCUGUCCUGGCCUCACUGUGGGCCUGAAUUUCAUCUCCUUGGCCCUCAAUUUGGUCAUCUCCAUAAUACACCUUCAGAAUCAGUGAUCUCUAAGGCUCCUUGCAGUUUUCAUAUUACACAAAUCUAAAAUAAUUUCUUCAUCUGAAUAAAAUUAAUGCAGUUUUCCUAUUCUUACCUUGUGUUAUAGAUGACUAAGAAACCUGACAAGAUUUCUACUCUGAGUGACAUUCUUGCUUGGAUGCACAGAGUGUCCCGGGAGUGCCUGGGAGAGGUAGCCAACCCCAGCUGUGGGGCAUCUGAGAAGGCUUCUUGAAGGAGGGGAGUUCAAACGGUCCUUAGAGAUGAGGGGGAGCUAGCUAUGUGAAAGCAGCUGAAGGCUCUCACCUUCUUCUAAUUUGUUGGAUAAAUUUAUAAAUAAUGUUCUUCAUUUACCACAAAACAGACAAUUCUGCUCCAAGUCAUUCCCCAAAAGGUCUGUUGGGUUUCUCCUGUAGGCUGUGAGAUGGCAAGGAGUCCUUGCUGCCUCCUGCAAAAGCCCAGCUCCAAGAAUUUGUCAGAUCCACCUGGCCAAGUAGGGUGCAGACUGUAAAUUGCGGCAGAAAAUGUUGGCAAAGGAGCAGAAUGGGCAUCCCAUCAGUAGAGGAGCUCCUACUUCUAGCUGUCUCAAAGGACUGUCCAUUUUCUCUCCCUGACAGUAUUCAUUGGUCUUAAUGCUCUUGAUUUUGGUUUUCCUCAGGGCCAAUGAGAACAGAAGCUGCUUUUGUCCUCCCCCAACACACAACAGAAACAGGAGAACUGAAACUUCAGCUGAAGCUCCUGCUCUCCCAUUUCGAUAUCCCAUAUGACGUGGAAGAGCUAUGGGACUCUGCUAAGGAAAUGAAACUUUUUUCCUUGGUUUCCCAAAAAUUUCAAAGCAUCUUCAUGAAGCAACAGAGAUUGCAAACGUUUCCAGACUAUGAAGCUGGAAUAGUUAAAGCAGAUAAUUUGGGUUUGGCAGGACCCAGAAUGACCCUGAAAAAGAGAGCCAACUGGAUUUCCUUCAUAAAGAUCAAGCCAAACUGUGAUCCGUGGCAAAGGAAGCUUUUGACUAAAUUAAAAGAACGGAGAAGAACAGAUGCAUUAUUGCAACUCCAAGCAAAAUUUUUGAAGAUUUCCAACCCUGAGCGAGUAAUGCAAGUGCUCCAAGAUCAUGCUGCAAAGAUAGUCAUGCUGGCUCCACAUCAUCCAUCCUUUGUGGCUUCCCAGGGUUUGCAUCAGUGCGACUAUGACCAAGUCUGGGAGAAUAUUUACAGCAACAUCAACCUCUGUCAG